AUGGAAUCGCAUUUCAUGCACGAAUUAGAGAGGCUGUACAAGCUGAGCGGGACAGGCAUCGCGGCCAGCAGGAAGAGGAGCAGGCCCGAUCCUGGACGGCCGCCGGCCCUGCCCGGGGACAGCGGGCCCGAAGGGAGAUGGGAGAAUGCUUUGACGGAAGAAGACGAAACAGUCGACGUGGAAGGCGACUCGGAAUUGGAGGAAUGGCACGAAUCGCAGAGGCGUCGCACUAAUUCGUUGGUAGGGGGGCUGACUGUACCCAGCAGCACCGGCAGGACGACCGAGAUAGAUAACGAAGGCGAUGACGUCAUAGUGGACGGGGACGAGCCGGAAGAGAGCACCUUCGGGCCGUCCCAAUAUACCGAGAAUGACGUGGCCACGGUGAAUUCCAGCGGCGACGUGGAGGUGAAGGUGGAGAGUGGGGGCGGCGGGGGCAGGGGGCAGCACCAGUGCGACAGCAACGUGAGCACGUCGGACGCGGAGCCGAGCAGCAGGACGCACCUGAUCGAGGAGCUCCGGAACAGGAUCCGCCGCCUGGAGGCGGAGGGCGGCGGGGGGCCGGAGGGGGGUGGAGCACUACAAAAAACCGGUUAUAUCGACGGUGUGUUGGCAUGUGCAUUGCGAGGAAUGUUGGCUUCAUACGUUGUAUUUGUGUGCUUAGUUUUCAUCGCCGAAUUCGCACACAGCACAGAGUUCGUCCCGGUGUAUAUGCUGUCCAAUAAAAGGACUGCUGAAAAAGUUCCAGCACUCCCCAAAAUCAGUCAAGACACUUUCAGAGAUGAUAUUAUGGAGAGAAUGACAACAGACCAUCCAUUGAUGGUGUUAUUUGUUGAACAAACGUUGAGCCCUGAAGAUUUUGCUCAACGUGACCAAAAAGGUAUUCUAUUUCCCAACAUGGCUAAGCUUGGAGAGUUUUACAAAGCAGCCUAUCUGCCAUAUGUACAAAAUCCUAUAAAGGCCAUAAGACAUUUGGAUGUAGUAGUCACAGAAGUUCAAGUUGACAGCUUAGGGGAAAACUUGGAAAUUCCAGAAACUGAUGUUCUCAUUGUCAACCUCAAUGAUGUCAAGGACUCAGAGACCAGACCUGAUAUGUUGAGACGGCAUGAUGCUCUUAUAAAUACAAUGUUCAGGAAACUUACUAGGACCAAGAAUGUUUUAGCCUUUUAUACUGCUCGUCACACAUCUUGGGUGGCUCCUGAAGAAGUUAUCAGCUCAAGACAUGCCAGAUCACUUCUAGCUGCAAAUGAUACUGAACUGCCUUCACCAAAUUUCUUCAACACAUCUAACAUUUAUAUGUAUCAAAACUAUUCACAAGUGACAUUUGACAGAGAUUUAAAUGCCACAAAUGCUACCUUCAACUAUAAGAUUCAGAAGCUUAGCAAUGAGUCGAUAAUUCUGACUCUGACCAAUACAACUCUGAUCCCUCAAGUUCAGCUUGAGCUGAACUUCACCAAUGGCUCAAGUGCUGGAUAUUGGGAACUAGUUGAUCCUGUGAAGGUGACACUAACUAAUAAAACUGAAAUUGUGAAAUUGAACAUUUCCUCCAGUGCCCCCUUGUAUGCUCUCAAUGGUUUCUCCUAUCAUUGUGGGGAUCAGGUCUUUACAAAUGACAAUUUCACUGUCUUCAUUAAGGAUUUCCAGCUGCAAAUUUUCUUCGAAGAACUGAAUGAAAAUGCGACAUACAAAUUUGGAGACGCCUUCGACUGUGUCGGCUUCACCUCAGUUCCGAUAUGGUCUGGACUAUUCGUGACCUUCAUUUUGCUGCUCAUCAUGACCAUAGGUGUCACCAUGAUGAUGGACAUUCGGACCAUGGAUAGAUUCGAUGAUGCUAAAGGCAAAACCAUAACUAUUAUCGAGAACUAAACUGUUUUCUCUUGAUAACUAGCUUCAUAGCUGUUUUGCUAAGCUCGAAUUCAAUAAUUUCUGGCUUAGCAAGGUCAGCUAUACGCUCAUGUUUAUCAAAGCCUUCCCCCUAAAUAGCUCAGUAUUAUGCCUGAUAAGAUGGAGUUUCAGGAAUGAUGGGCUAUUGUGAUAACUGAGCUUCUAUUUUCAACGUCAUCCUGAGUCCUUGUCUCAUUCAGGUCUGAUACUGUGGGCCUAACUGCCUAUAUAUUGUUCUAUUCUAUUUCCCUUGGACCACAACGAGAUCCUUACAUGUGUCGAUUAUCUUAGAGUUUUGCCUCAUUGUUAUUUUUAACAGGACCGUAACUACAUAUUAUUAUAUAACUUUACUUGCAACUUUCCACCUGUGAAGUAUAAAGGGUUUCCCAAAAGAACCGGAACGGUCGAAUA